CACGACACUCAGUCUUGACUUCGACGGGCCACGAUCCAGCCGAGCACUUUGUCAGAUGCGGACGUUUCGCUUCGCUCCCAAGUGCUUCACGCGGAUGCUUGGGAGCCUCGUGUCCUGUGCAUGGAUCUCCGCGGCUGGGAAAUAUAUCUCCGACGUUCGCUCCCAUUCAGUCGGUGGAUUCAUCGUGAUAUUCACUCUUCACACAAGGUCCAAGGAUUAUCCCUCGCGACUCUUGAUGUCUCUGCGACACGCCUCUGCACGACCUGUCGGAGUGCCGACUCCACAUCGAUGAGUGUCUUUCGUCCGCCGAUGUCAAGCUACAAGAUGGUUCUCAGCCCUUGCAUCUAGCCAGCGGCGAAGUUCCCGCCACAUUGACUGGAUAUGACGUUCCGUUUUGAAUUAUUGAACACCGAUU